GCGAUGGAAUUGUGUUGUCAGCGACUCAGCCAAUAAUGACAAUGCGUGUGAGAGCAGGCGUCGUUAUUACGCUACGGCCAAUCAGCGUGCCUAGCCAUCAAAUCAUCACUGGAUAGUACAUGAUCGACCACCUGAUUCGCGAUUACGUGUAUAUUAAUUCCAUUUCAACAAUGUCAAAUCAUUAUGAUAAGUUGUCAUGGAAAGAAGUUCGAGAGUUAUUUAGAAUAUGGAGAGAGGACAGCGAACGUCGAAGCAAGGACGUAGUAGAUUUAUGGGAAACAAAACUGAUGGACAAAAUUGAUCAACUUGGCAAUGAAAAGUAUCUGAUUUUGGAGCAAGUUUGCAUAGCAGCAUUGGAUUGUUAUCAUCUUUCAUUAGCAGAAUAUUGCAUUAAGAUACUAAAGAGAGAAUUUCCUAGCAGCUUAAGGGUUCACAAAUAUCAUGCGAUGCAUCUGGAAGCUUUGGAAAUGUACGACGAAGCAUUGGAAGUGUUGUGUUCUAUUAUAAAAAGAGAUGAAACUAACGCAGCACCAAGGAAGCGACGUAUAGCUAUAUUAAUAGCAAAUGGUCGAACAUUGGAAGCUAUUAAAGAACUUACGGAAUAUUUAAGAAAAUUCAUGAGCGAUCAAGAAGCAUGGCACGAGUUGUGCGAUUUGUAUUUACAAGAACAAGAAUACUCUAAAGCUGCAUUCUGUAUGGAAGAACUCAUUCUGCAUAAUCCGCAUAGCCAUUUAAUUUAUCAGAGAUAUGCAGAAAUAAAAUAUUCCCAAGGUGGAUUUGAAAAUAUGGAAUUGGCGAAAGCAUACUUUUGUCAGGCUGCGAAAUUAAAUCCAAAUAAUAUCAGAGCACUGUAUGGUUUGUUAUUGGCAACAAACAAUAUUGCUACAUCACCUAAGUGUCCUUCGUCUAAGAAGAAAGAUGCAAUGGAAUUAAGCGAAUGGGCAAAUAAUCAAAUAGAAAUGCAAUAUCAGUCGAAAGUUUCAGACGAGAAUAUGAAAACAGUAGAAGGAUUACUAGGUCAAUUGCAACUCGAUGCUUAGAUAUGGAAAUUUAUAUAUGUUUCGCAGAGAAACUUAAGAGAUCUUUGUAGAUCUCAGGUAAACCGUAAUCAAUUUUAGAAGGUAUGUGAGACGAUGCUUGAUGUUCCUCUAUCACUGGGUUUACUUUAGUUGUGCCUAUCUUUUCUGUUGCUUCUCUUAUACCGUAAGGAGCUGUAAGAAAUAGCUGAGUAAAUAGUCGUAUCAAUUAUAACAGAAGUAAUUUAAUAAGGAAAACUAUACUUACGAUCAGUAAUUAUAGCAUCUACACACAUAUCCGAACGCCAUAAAGGAACAGAAAAAUCUGAUACGACUAUAUCAAUAUAAUAAGAACUCUUUCCAUAUUGAUUCAUAUUCGCAGCAACGCUCUCAUCCUUUUCCCUGAUCUAACAAUUAUUUUGAUAAAAGUUGU